AUGUCAAACGAACGCGCUGCAUUUGAAGCGGAGGUCAAGCAGGUGGAGCAAUGGUGGAAGAGUCCCCGCUUUGCACGAGUAACACGACCUUAUACUGCGGCCGACGUCGUUUCGAAACGUGGUACUAUCAAAAUUGAAUAUCCAUCCAACAUCUUAGCCCAAAAAUUCUUUGCUCUGCUCGGUGAGCAUGCUAAACGCGGAACUCCCUCUCAUACGUACGGAGCCCUUGAUCCCGUGCAGGUCACACAAAUGGCGAAAUAUCUAGAGUCUGUAUACGUUUCUGGCUGGCAAUCAUCCAGUACGGCGUCUAGCACCAAUGAACCCGGUCCUGAUCUCGCAGAUUAUCCUUCAAACACAGUCCCCAACAAGGUUGAACACUUGUUCAUGGCUCAACUCUUCCAUGACCGUAAACAACGAGAAGCACGGUCCAACAUGUCCGACUCGGAAUUAGCUAAAACCCCUGCUAUUGAUUAUCUCCGACCUAUCGUGGCUGAUGCGGAUACUGGUCAUGGAGGCUUGACCGCCAUCAUGAAAUUGACUAAACUGUUUGUCGAGAAGGGCGCAGCUGGUAUUCACGUCGAGGAUCAAGCACCUGGUACCAAAAAGUGCGGGCACAUGGCUGGUAAGGUGCUCGUACCCAUCUCCGAACAUAUCAACAGACUUGUUGCCAUUCGGCUUCAAUACGAUAUCCUUGGUGUCGAAAACCUCGCUGUUGCACGAACAGACUCCGAAGCUGCUACUCUCAUCACUUCCAAUAUUGAUGACCGAGAUCACCCGUUCAUACUCGGCUGUACGAAUUCAUCUCUACCUCCCUUGAACAAAGUUAUGGUUGACGCUGAACGGGCUGGGAAAGUUGGAGAUGAACUUCAAGCAAUCGAAGACAAAUGGAUGGCUGCUGCCAACCUCCAGGUAUUCUCUAGCACUCUGGCUCAGGCGCUUGCAAAGGAAGGCAAGAACGACGCGACCGUGAAAAAGUUCCUUGCGCUGGUUUCAAAGUCUUCCUAUCCUGAUGCGGUAGUCAUCGCACAGAAGGAGUUUGGUCUGCAGUCCGUCCCUUAUUGGGAUUGGGACAGCCCACGAACGCGGGAAGGGUACUACAGAUACCAAGGAGGAACAGAAUGUGCUAUUCAUCGUGCAAUAGCGUUUGCGCCCUACGCCGACUUAUUGUGGAUGGAAACGAAGAAGCCCAUCCUGUCGCAGGCUCAGCAAUUUUCAGCCGGAGUACACGCAGCGUAUCCGGGACACUGGCUUGCAUACAAUUUAUCACCUUCAUUUAAUUGGGAUGCUGCCGGUCUUAAUGAGAAGGACAUGCAGUCGUACGUCUGGGAGCUGGGUAAACUCGGAUUUGUCUGGCAAUUCAUCACGCUUGGUGGUCUGCAUUCCAACGCAUACAUAUCUGAUCUCUUCGCGAAAGAAUACGCUAAAACUGGUAUGAAAGCCUACGUGGAGCUUAUUCAGCGAAAGGAGAGAGAACUUGGUACCGACGUACUUACACAUCAAAAGUGGAGUGGAGCCGACUAUGCAGACAACCUACUCAAGACAGUAACCGGAGGUGUAUCGUCGACAGCUGCUAUGGGUGCUGGUGUAACAGAGUCGCAGUUUGGAUCAAAGCUAUAG